UGUCUUUUCGUCCCAUUCACAGGUUUGACAGGCGGUGAUGUUACGCACGGGGUGUGUGUCAGGUGAAGCAUUGUUUCUCACACUCUGAGUGCCGGCUUCGCCUCAAAAGAAUGACGUUCUUCCGCAGGCUUCUGCGCAGACGACUGCACCCAUGGAAGCUGGCCAUAGUGGCGCUGGUGUUCGUGACGUUCCUGUUUCUGAUGCAGCGAGAGGUGGUCAGUCAGAACCCCCAGGACGAACCCUGGCUCAAAGAGAUUGUGGAGAAACGAGACGGCGUUCUUGAGAUGGUCAUGGGGGCGGUGAAUAACCUCCGGGACGCUAUGCCCAAAAUGCAGAUAAAGGCUCCGGUGAGGAAGCAGGAGAGCCAGGGCAGUCUGGGCUGUCUGUCCGGAUACUACACGGCCGCUGAGCUCCGACCGGUCCUUGAAAGACCACCACAAAACCCCACUGCCCCAGGGGCUUCUGGGAAGGCUUUUCACACUGACAAUCUGAGCUCGUCGGAGCAAAAAGAAAAGGAGAGGGGAGAAGAGAAGCACUGCUUCAACUUGUACGCCAGCGAUCGGAUCUCGCUCAGCAGAGACCUCGGCCCUGAUACGAGACCUCCUGAAUGCAUCGAGCAGACAUUCAGACGCUGUCCACCCCUGCCGACCACAAGUGUGAUCAUCGUCUUCCACAACGAGGCGUGGAGCACAUUACUGCGGACCGUCUACAGCGUCCUGCACACCUCCCCUGCGCUGCUCCUCAAAGAAAUCAUCCUCGUGGAUGACGCCAGCUCUGACGAGCGACUAAAGGACGAACUGGACGAGUAUCUGAAACAGCUGCACAUCGUUCGCGUGGUCCGUCAGCGAGAACGUAAAGGCCUGAUCACUGCGAGGCUCCUCGGGGCCUCCGUGGCCUCGGGCGAAACUCUCACCUUCCUGGAUGCCCACUGUGAAUGUUUCCACGGAUGGCUUGAGCCGCUGCUGGCCAGGAUAGCGGAGAACUCCACCGCCGUAGUGAGUCCUGACAUCACCACCAUCGACCUGAACACGUUUGAGUUAAUGAAACCCUCACCGUACGGACAGCAUCAUAACCGGGGGAAUUUUGACUGGGGCCUUUCUUUUGGUUGGGAGACCCUUCCGGAUCAUGAGAAACGGAGACGCAAAGAUGAGACGUACCCUAUUAAGACGCCAACGUUCGCAGGGGGACUGUUCUCCAUUUCCAGAGAUUAUUUCUACCAUGUAGGAAGCUAUGACGAGGAGAUGGAGAUUUGGGGAGGAGAAAAUAUUGAAAUGUCCUUCAGGGUUUGGCAGUGUGGAGGGCAGCUAGAGAUCAUCCCCUGUUCAGUCGUGGGCCACGUGUUUCGCACAAAGAGUCCGCACACCUUCCCUAAAGGCACGCAGGUGAUCGCUCGCAACCAGGUGCGUCUGGCUGAGGUCUGGAUGGACGACUAUAAAGAGAUCUUCUAUCGGAGGAACCAGCAGGCCGCUCAGAUCGCCAAAGAGCGCUCUUUUGGAGACGUCUCAAAGCGUGUAGGUCUCCGGGACAGACUCCAGUGUAAGAGCUUUUCCUGGUAUUUGAAGAACGUCUAUCCGGAGGUCUUCAUGCCCGAUCUCAGUCCGCUGCAGUUUGGUGCGAUAAAGAACGUGGGGAAGGAGGCCUGCUUGGACGCGGGAGAGAGUAAUGAGGGAGGGAAACCUCUCAUUAUGUACCCCUGCCACGGGAUGGGAGGAAACCAGUAUUUCGAGUACUCGACCCAUCACGAGAUCAGGCACAACAUUCAGAAGGAGCUCUGUUUACACGGGACGGAUGGAGUCGUCAAAUUAGAGGAGUGCCAGUAUAAAGGUCACAACACCCUCACAGGACCUCAGCAGAGAUGGGAGCUCAGAGAGGAUCAGCUGUUCUAUAACAAGGGCUCAAAACAGUGCCUGACCGCUCGACAUGAGAACCCCUCUCUAGUGCCUUGCAGUCCAGCUGACAAGUACCAGCUCUGGGUCUUCACAUGAACGGCGGAACCAGUGACACACACACACACACACAAACACACUCUCAGGGUCCAAAACUUAACUUCUUGCCACAGCUGCCAAUGAAUUCAGAAAAGUUUACAUGCCAAAAUGAUUUCUUACUGGCCAUGAAACUGUCGUUUACAGUAUUUUUUUUUUUAUAUAAAAAUAUGUUGACAAUUAAAUACAGAGCAUAUUGGUUUGUAAUCUAGAAAUUUUUUAUUUAUUUAUUUUUUUACCAGGAAUUUCACUAUUUAAAACAGUUUAAAUAAGUUUAAAUAAUUUAAAUGGUUUUAAAUAAUGCCGACUGAUUGCGCCAACAAAAGCAAAAGCAU